AUGUUGAAAACAAUUUCGGCAGUUUCGCCGUCAUUACAACUGAAACAAAAAUGGGCAGAGUUAGAAGAAGAAGUACGAAAAUGGAAUAUACUUAAUGGAAAUAGUUUAUUAUUAUCAGACAGCCAGAGUACAUAUUUAUUGGGUCCGUCAACCAUUGUUAAAAUGCAUAGUGUGGCAUUUGAAAAAUUAAAUGUUGACUAUGCACCAAAAUGCUGGAAAUUAACGUUAAACUCAAAGCAGAUUAGUUAUUUGUUGAGUGUUUGUUCCGAAGAACUGAAAGCAUUAGAACAUAGUUACGAACUAGACGUGGUCACAAUAAUAUCGAAACUGGCAAACAACGAAUUUGUAGCUCCAUCAAAUUUGUUUGAAAUUGUAAAAUCCUGGUUAUUACAGUAUGCCCAAGUUACAACAUCGGAAUUUAUUAUAAAUGAGCAAGAUUUCUCGCCAUCAAUUCAGCCGGAAGAAAUGAUAGAAAAAGCUCGAAAAUUUCGAUGUUUUAUCCAGGUAACUGGUGACACUAUCCAAUUAAAUGUACGAACCCCAACAACAUUGGCUGAUGCGAAUGUAUUCAAUAUACCAUACACCGGAAGCGCUUCACACACAGCUUUAUCACCCCAGUUAAUAACAAGUGCAAAUAUUAAUCGAGAAAGAAUUCAAGUGUGUUUUGGUAAUCUAACGACACGAACAGAUGAUGUUAUUGUUGUUUGUUCAACAUCAAAUGUUUUAAGAAAGUCAGUAAUCGAUGCGGCAGGGAUACAAGUAUCGCAGGAAUAUUCAGUACAGAAUUCUCAAAACUUGAUCGUCACGUCAUCAGGAUCACUGGUUUGUAAAAAAAUAUUGUUUAUUCCAUGGUCACCUAAAGCAAAAGAUUUAAAUGUGUUAAAACAGUCAAUCUGUUGGUUUACAUCAAAUGCUGUCGAAUAUGCUUGGGAUAAUGGCUACAAAAGCAUCGCUUUACCUGCAAUUGGAUGCGGAAGGUUUAGAAUUAAUGCCGAUAUUAUUGCCAAAAUGAUGAUAGGCGAGGCAGAGCGGCAGUUAAACAAUCGUCAAGCGAGUUUAACAAUAUCAUUCGUCAUGCUGAAACAACAGCAAUCUGUCUAUGACGACUUUUGUAAGCAAUUAAAUUUGGUCAAAAGUAACAAACCGACGACAAUCCUGUUUGAUCAACAAUGUAUGCUUUGA